ACAUUAGAUGUCUGUAAAAAACUAAAAUACAUUUUUUCCAAAACAAAAAUGUUUGAAGAGAGAGCCGGGCUUUCGGAUAAUUUCCGAAUUAUUGCUUUAGUGAGCGGAUUUAGGCGAAAAAAAUCGCGAAAAAUAUUCUGUGAGAAUUUCUGCACCUUCAUUAUCGAAACAUGAUUAAAUCGAUUCUUAAAUGAUCGAUUAUUAAAUAAUCGAUUGUCAAAAAGUCGAUUAUCAAAAAAUCGAUUAUUAUAUAAAUCCGCCUGGUGCGAGUAGUGACCCGGGUCGCUUCCUAUAUAGGAUCUGAAGACAAGAGGUUAAAAUUCUGAUAUUCUGGCCCUAAACUCAAAAUUAAAAACAAUUGAAAUAUUCUUUAAUUUCCAACAACUGCUUUCACUUUGCUUUUGUUGUUGACAAUAAAAAAUGAUGCCGAACCCAGCGCCACCCAUGGUCGUCCGGCCAAACUCCGGAUUCGAAGCGCAAAAUGGAAAAAUGAGCAAAAAAUCAACAACAUUCGGUUUCGCACCUUUCGAAGUACUCGAACUUGAUCGUUGUUAGUAAACGAUAAAAAAAAUUCUCUGCGGUCAGAGUAAGUGUCAAGGGGUGUCAUGGGUCGUAGGAAAAGCAAGAGAAAGCCCCCAGCGAAGAAAAAGGCCAUUCAACCCUUGGACACGCAAUUCAAUUGUCCAUUUUGCAAUCACCAGAAGUCAUGUGAGGUUAAAAUGGACAAAUCGAGAAAUACUGCAAGAAUAACUUGCAGAGUCUGUCUAGAGGAUUUUCAGACUACGAUUAAUCUACUGUCAGAGCCGCUGGAUGUUUAUAAUGACUGGAUUGACGCCUGUGAAACUGCAAAUUAACAUUGCGAAAUAGGGGCCAUCUUUUAUAUUUAAGGAAAUAAUUCGACUUUAAAGAAAGAAAUUCGUUUUCUUGCACAUUCGAACGGCUCUGGUACUGAAUAUUUGUAUUGAUUACUCAUGCCAGCGACAGUCGACAAUUUUUAUGGACAGUUAACUGUAGUUUUGUCCGUUGGAAACGAAAGAAUUGGGGAGAGUGCAUUUUUACAUUUUUUGAAUCGUGAAAUUCUCUCGUUAACGAGUGACUAUGAAAAAAGCCAAAUAUGAUCUUCUGGGUGAUUUAAUUCUUCCAAAGAAACCUUUUAUAUUUUCUUCUUCUUAUCUUCAUCUUAUUUUGUGAUUUUUUUCGUCUUUAGAGACAUUGUUUCGAUCACUCGAAAUCGAUCAAUUAAGUUACAACACGUAAAGUAUAACUGAAUAUCAUUGGAUAUCAUUCAAGGAUCAAGAGCGAGCGGAAAGUUCAUUAGUGUGCAGAGAGGAGAUAUAUUACUUUAUUUGGGAAUUCGAUAGUUUUGCUUUCGUUUUCGUUCAAUUGUUAAACUUUAGUUAAUUUUCUUAGACUAGUGACAAUGGAAAACAUACCAAAAACUUACGCUGUUAGCUGCAUAGCUUUUACGAUCUAAAGUAGACAUAACAGAGAAAAUCCUGGGGAUUUAGAAAUGUAGAAGUGGUAACUUGUAAUACCUCGCUUUGAAAUGAUUUCCAUUUAAAAAACAGACGUGAGAAAAUCAUUACAUUUUGCCACUUCAACAAUGAUUUAUUUUUUUCUAUUAUUCUGUUUUCUUUAUCGCAAGAAAUUAUUUUGUGUUGUAUCUUGAUAGUUUUAUUAAAUUCAUGAAAAGGGACUAUAAAUGUGUGCAAGAUUUGAUAAUAAAAUAUCAAUCAACUGUGAUAAA